CACGUAUUUAUUUUUCAAGCCAGAGAAAAAAAAAAUCAUUUCCAUUGGCAUUCCAUCACGUUGAACAGCUGAAGCUCCCUUCUCUCUCUCUCUCUUUCUCUCUGUUGGGAUCGAGAAAUUCGCCUUGAGAAGCUCGAAAACCAAACUGUAGGGAUCAAGCUGUAGCGGAAGCUGCUUGGAAAGAGAUUCUCAAGAAACCCGUGUCUGGUUCUGAGCUUUUGUAUUGAUAACCCAGUUCAUGACCGAGUUCUGUUCUCCUUCAUCAAGACUAGUUCUUCUGAUUGUCGAUUUGGUGAAAUAGAAGUUUUGUCAUAACAUUUCACGGGGAAUUGUCGAACAAUGGAUGCUAACGAGGUUGAAGAAAAUUUCUUUGCCGCUGGAGACGCAAAGCUACAUGGCGAGAUGUGCAAUGCGCUUUCUGCAAUCUACUGUAAAGUCAUGUCGAUUUUUCCUUCAUUAGAAGCUGCCCGACCCAGAAGCAAAUCUGGAAUCCAAGCAUUGUGUUCAUUACACGUCGCUCUGGAAAAAGUGAAGAACAUUCUUAAACAUUGCUCUGAAAGUAGUAAACUUUACUUGGCUAUAACUGGGGAUUCAAUUGCUUUGAAAUUUGAGAAGGCAAAAUCUGCCCUGGUAGAUAGCCUUGGGCGCGUUCAGGAUAUUGUUCCACAAUCAAUUGGAUCUCAGGUUUUGGGGAUCUUGAUGGAGCUAGAGGGCACCACUUUCUCCCUCGACCCGGUGGAGAAGGAAGUUGGUGAUCGAAUAAUUGGACUGCUGCAACAAGGGGGCAAAUUCGAGAGCUCUACCGAUAGCAAUGAACUCGAGAUUUUCCAUCAGGCUGCUACUAGGCUUGGUAUCACUUCUUCUAGAGCUGCUCUCACUGAAAGAAGAUGCCUCAAGAAACUCAUUGAGAGGGCCCGCAGGGAGGAUGACAAGAGGAAAGAAUCAAUUGUGGCUUAUCUGUUACAUCUCAUGAGGAAAUACUCCAAGCUAUUCAGAAGUGAAGUCUGUGAUGAUAAUGAUUCAGGUGGGUCAUUGCCUUGUUCACCCACUGUUCAGGGUUCUCUUGAGGAUGCCCAUGGCCGUGCGUUUGAUCGGCAGUUAUCGAAACUCAGUUCCUUUAACUUCAGGCCUUACAAUAACAGGAGAUCAGUGCAUAUGCAUGUUCCACCCGAUGAAUUGAGGUGUCCAAUAUCAUUACAGCUAAUGUAUGAUCCCGUCAUUAUUGCGUCCGGACAAACCUACGAAAGAAUCUGUAUUGAGAAAUGGUUCAGCGAUGGACAUACCACAUGUCCCAAGACUCACGAGCAGCUCUCUCAUCUGGGUUUGACUCCUAACUACUGUGUCAAGGCUUUGAUAGCAAGUUGGUGUGAACAGAAUGGUGCUCCGGUCCCUGAUGGACCCCCGGAAUCUCUUGACCUCAACUAUUGGAGGCUUGCCUUGUCAGUGUCUGAGUCCAACAGCUCGAGGCCGGCGAAUGGUGUUGGUAUUCGCAAAUUGAAGGAGGUAAAGGUAGUUCCAUUGGAAGUAAGCGGAACCAUUGAGGAGGGAACCUGUGAAUCAAUAGAGCAGGAAGCUGAAACCGCUCUCGUCGAAAGGUGUACUGUUCUUUUGACCUCAUUGAAAGAAAUGGAAAACUUACGGAAGAAAUGCAGAGUUGUGGAACAAAUACGACUAUUACUCAAGGAUGAUGAAGAUGCCAGGAAUCUCAUGGGGGAAAAUGGGUGUGUUGAAGCAUUGCUUCAGUUUCUCGGAUCAGCUCUCGGUGAAAAUAAUGCUUCAGGUCAGGAAAUUGGAGCCAUGGCUCUCUUCAACUUGGCUGUCAAUAACGAUAGGAACAAGGAGUUGAUGUUAACAUCAGGAAUCAUUCCACUGCUCGAGGAAAUGGUCUCUAACCCGCAUUGCCAUGCUUCAGCAACAGCCCUUUAUCUGAACCUCUCGUGUCUUGAAGAUACCAAGCCGGUCAUAGGUUCAAGUCUAGCCGUCCCUUUCCUAGUCAAUCUUCUUCAGACCGAGACUGAUCCCCAAUGCAAGGUCGACGCCUUGCAUGCCCUUUAUAACCUCUCCACCUACCCUCCCAAUAUUCCCAUCCUUCUCUCUUCCGACAUUGUCAAUGCCCUUGAAUCCCUAUCUGUCAGUGAUGACCAAAGAUGGACAGAGAAGUCAUUAGCUGUCUUAUUGAACUUGGUUUCAACCGAGGCCGGAAAAGAUGAGAUGGUGUUGAGGCCAGGCCUUGUGAGCAAUCUUGCAACUGUUUUGGACACUGGAGAACCCAGUGAGCAAGAGCAAGCUGUUUCACUGCUUCUGAGUUUAUGCCAUCAUAGCGAGAGCUGCAGCCAGAUGGUUUUACAGGAGGGAGUAAUACCUUCAUUGGUAUCCAUUUCUGUUAACGGGACUCAUCGAGGGAGGGAGAGAGCGCAGAAACUUCUUACGUUAUUCAGGGAACAGCGACAGAGGGAUCAAACCCGCCUUACAGAACCUCAUUCUCAGGUACAGAGUCCCGAGAAUGAGUUCUCGGGUGCUGCAGCCACUAUAUCAGAGUCAAAACCGCAAUGUAAAUCGGUCUCUAAACGGAAAAUGGGAAGAGCUUUCAGUUUUCUUUGGAAGAGCAAGAGCUUCUCAGUGUACCAGUGUUGAGAGAGCUGGAUUCCCUCCCUAGUUGGUGUAAAGUUUGUGUUUUGUCCCUGUUUCAGUACUGUCUCUUCUGACAUCUUACAGAGUAGAAGAUUUGUACAGAUCCUUGUAUCUAUGGAAUUUUUGGUCCUCUUUCUCAUCAUGCAAUGCAGAUUCAUGAAAUCA